AUGGUCGGGCUCGCGGGUACCACCGCUAGCCGUGCUCCCUUGCUGGAUAGAGAGCCCGGUCCUGCCAGACCGUGUCCGGAGCGCAGGCCAGGCCAUCCCGCGCCUCAGUCCCUCUCGGAUCCAAGCGCCAAUCAGAAUCAUCCAUACUUGAAACUUCUGGAAAAGAGUGAGUGUGUGGUGCUUCCACAGUGGGUGACGAUUGUCACUCCUUGUCCUCUUCCGUCUGUCAUCAGGGAGUGGCUGAGGUUCCACUGCAGCCACUGUGACAACCAUUAUGAACAGCUGCACAUCUUUUGUCGUCUUUCCUGCUUCAGCUACGGCUCCACGGUGAAUGGAAAUGGACCCAGCCCUCUCUGUGUAUAUGAGAAUGCUGAAGCCCUAGCUGGAGCCUGGGCCAUUCCAGAGGUUGGGAGAAAGUAUAAAUCUUGGAAUAAAUCUGUCUUCAGCGUCUUCCACACUCCUGACCUGUUGGACCCAAACCUUCAUCUGAAUACUGAAGAAUCAAACAAGGAGUUCGUGGCAGAAAGUGAAGAAAUGGAUGACUCCCUCGCGAGCUCCAUCGGCAACUGGAAACUGUUCUAA